UUGUAUAAGAACGCAUCAGGGAUGCUGUUUGCGUCAACUCUGUUUGCAAGGAGACUUAGUCGUUAGUUUCUCGAUUUGCUCGAAACCAUUCUUGAGGUGUAUAUGUAGCCAGCGAGGAUCGAUGCAUCUAUAGUCUUCUCGAGUAUUUUGCUGCGAUGUCGACAGCCACGGUGCUCUUAGACAAGAACAUGCCACCAGGGCCUUCUGCUGCGUGGUCCCCUGACGCACCAAGCCCAUUUCUGACAUCCUGGAGACCAUGGAUGACAAUGUAUGGCCUCAGGUUGCGGCAGAGCAGCAAGCAGGUUGCAGAGCUUUCACUGCUGCAGACGAAGCUGCCAGAGGAGAUCUUGACUCAGAUUCUGAGCAAGCUGCCAUCCCUCAGUCUGGGACUGGCUCAGUGUGUCUGCAAACAGUUCCGGAGUCUCUGCUGCACUGACACGCUGUGGAGACCGGCCUGUGUGGAGGCUUUCUGGCAGGAAUUCAGCAGAGAGCUUGCACCUGUGGCUUCCAUCCAUACUCUUGUCCGCUCGCAGUACAGGGGCUCUUGGCACAAAAUGUUCAUGGAGCGGCCUCACCUGCGCUUUGAUGGGCUCUACGUGUCGCGUAAUACAUACAUCCGGACAGGGAUUGUGGAGUGGAGGGUGAAGAACCCGGUGCACCUGGUAUGCUACUACCGCUACUUCAGGUUCUUCCCGGACGGCACCCUGCUGUACCGCACCUCCCCAGAGGUCCCAGUGCAGGUGCAGCGCUCCAUGCGCUUGGUGCGCAACAGGAUGGAGGAGGGCGUGCACAGGGGCAGAUACUUGCUCAGGAAGGACAACCUCUUCACAUCGCUGCCACUGGGGAAUACAGCCGGCACAGAGAUCCGGACGCGGCUGCGACUGCGAUCAACCUGCAGAGGCGGCAACAACCGCCUGGACGUGGACAAGAUCAUGUCCUUUGACCGGGGCAGCGACUCUGGAGUGCCCAUGCUGAAUCAUGCAGAAGGAGAGGAGGAGGAAGAGGAGGGGGGCAGGCAGUACAAGCGUGGGCUGGCACCAUACACUUUUGUGGCCUGGGAGCACAUGCAGGAUUCUGUCCUCAAUCUGCCUGUCCACAAGAUGGAUUUCUAUGUGGCUGGAUGAUGUGCCAAUAAAGCCUGACAAUGAGACUUGUUGUCAGUCGAUCACCUGACAAGUUGACCACCAGAAUUGAUAAUGCAAUGCAGGUUAUUAGGAUGUCCUUGACUUGCAGAAGAAUAAUCACCUGUUUCACAUGUAUUUUAUCAUUGUCUUGUAUGCUAUCGUGGGUUUCUGGCAUUACUUUAGUAGUAGAGGACAAAUAUUUAACUAGCUGU